AUGAAUUCUUCAGACACAAUCAAUAAGACUGUCCUUCAUAACCACAUGUUGGAAAUCAGUAGCAUUCUGUCUUCAGAAAAGUUUCUUGCCUGCAUUAUUGCCAGCAUGACUGUCAUGUACUGCUUAACGCUGGUAGUAAAUGGCUCUGUGCUGACCACUGUGCUGGGCUCUGAUUAUCUUAUUUGGCAGCCACAGGUAAGAUUACUUGCCAAUUUACUUUUGUGUGACCUCAUCCUAACCACUACGUUGGUGCUAUCCUCUAUUUAUCAUCUCAUUAACAGAAGGAUAGUGACUUUUGGGACAGCAUGUAUAGCUUCUUGCUUUGUCAUUUCCGUCUGCAUUUUCUCAGCAAUUGGAACACUGGCAUUUAUGGCAGUUGACAGGUACUGCUAUAUCUGCCAUGCCAUCCAUUAUUUCAGAAUCUUUACCCCAAGGAAACUGAAAACUGGUUUAGUUUGUACUUGGUUGGUACCAUUCAGCAUGAUCACAAUUUAUGUUAUUUUACUUGCUAUGCAUGAACCCCAGCAGGAGACAGUUUAUGGCAUUGUUUGUGACCCAGAUAUAUUGGAGGAGUUUGUGGGAUUCCCAAAAGAUUUAGCACUUUUUCGAAAAUCUUGGAGCACACUGGCAUUUUUCUUCUGUAUUGGUGUUUUUCUUUACUGCUACUAUAAAAUGUACAUAGAAGCUAAAAACGCAGUGGAACCAUUCCAGACAUCAAACAAGAAAGCCAGAAAGAGAAUUUUCUUUUAUGGAACCAUGUUCUCCCUGCAGCUGGUGCCCUACUGGAUUAAGAUGUUAAUUGACUUGCUGUGGGAUUACCAUUUGGCAUCACAUGAGGCGUUUGCACUGCUGACCCACAUUGUUGUACCAGUGUUAAUGACAAUACCACCUUGCAUCAAUCCCAUAAUCUAUGGUUAUAGGUCCCAAGAAGUCAGGAGAAGAAUCCCUGGCAUAAAUCUACAUCGUAUUCAACCAGUCAUGAAUGCAGCAUGGAAUGGUUGA